CAAGCUUUCACUACAUUUCCCAUAAUCCAUCUUUGUUACAACACGGAAGUUGUUAUUUUGACGACCUCAACAACUGAGAGCUCAAUAGUAAUUUAUUUUGAAUCAACGUAACCUUUUGGUGUUGAGGAUUUUGUUAAUGCAGAUGCUGUUGUCAUGGCGAUCCCUGCCUCCAAGUGUGGCACUAGGAAGACAAGCUUCUACAAUACAAUCGGCAGUCCAGAGAUUUGUUCCUGCAAGUGGCUCAGUUGACUCCAGCGCUAUGGAGCAGGUCCAGGCUAUCGUGUCACAAUCUUCCCGUCUAUUUGUAAUCAGUGGGGCUGGACUCUCCACUGAAUCUGGCAUCCCAGACUAUCGGUCAGAAGGUGUUGGACUGUAUGCACGAACAGACAGACGGCCUAUGCAACACUCAGAGUUUGUGCGCAGUGCGAAAGCAAGGCAGAGAUACUGGGCACGGAAUUACGUGGGGUGGCCACAAUUCUCUUCCCACUUUCCUAAUUCUUCGCACGUUGCCUUAAAGUACUGGGAAGAUAAGGGAAAAUUACACUGGCUUGUCACUCAGAAUGUAGAUGCCUUGCACUCAAAGGCUGGUAGUCAGAGAUUAACUGAACUACAUGGAUGUUCACACAGGGUUGUAUGUUUGGGCUGUGGGAGUCUGUCUCGGCGAGCAGAGCUUCAAAAGCGGUUUGCGGCAUUAAAUCCAGCCUGGGCAGUAAGUGCCGGUGCUGUGGCUCCAGAUGGAGAUGUGUUUCUGGAGGAUGAGCAGGUCAUGAACUUCAGAGUACCUGCUUGUGACGGCUGUGGUGGUAUCCUUAAACCUGAGGUGACGUUUUUUGGUGAUGUAGUGAACCGGGAUACAGUUCAGUUUGUGCAUACCAAGCUGGCCGAAUCUGAUGCUGUGCUUGUGACUGGAUCUUCUCUUCAGGUUUAUUCAGGGUACCGUUUUCUCCUUGCAGCCAGUGAAAGAAAACUUCCAAUUGCCAUAGUAAAUAUAGGACCUACAAGAGCCGAUCACCUUGCUGAUGUCAGGCUGAGCGCUCGAUGUGGAGAAGUCUUGCCAGCCAUUCAACUCUGCUGAGAAGGGGUUAUUACGUCACUGGCUCAGGAACCUUCAUUCAUGACCAUGACGGUCAAUUUCAUGUUUUACAGUCUACAAUAUGAAACAUAGUUUUGAUUUGGGUCAAGGCUUCUUGAACAAUGAUCUGAAUUCUACCUCAAAGUACAAAGGUACUGCAGAAUUACUUUAAUAUAGGCUCUAUUUUAUUUUAAGCAUCGUGACAAAGUAACUGUAUACUUCAUGUAUCUAGCUACUGUUUGAACCAUGAUUUAUUAAAAAGUAAAUCACCAUGACCCUCAAUAAUUUUGGAACUAUUGUCACAAAAAUCAUGAAAUAUUUUUAUUUCAAUCGCUAACGGCGGUAAUGUUAAAGAUUAAGCCCUAUUUAAAAAAAUAAAUCCUAAAUGUACGGUUGUUUGAUACAGUGCUUUGAAACACAUCAGAAUAACGU